UUUUGACCAAAGCCAUUAGGCAUUUGCUUGCGUUGCGCGAGGUUAGGUUGGUAGUUGGAGAAUGCUUUCCUUUCAUUCACUGAAAGGAAAUGAAUGAAAAAUCCAUAAAUGCGUGAAAGAGAGAGAGAGACGAAGCAGAAGGCUAAUCAGAGCUUCUACGCUGCUUUUACAUCUCUCAUCUCUUGUUCUUCUACGAUCUGCUUCCCAUCGGAUAUAGAGUUGCUGUAGUGUUGAUGGAGACGGCAAACGCCGUAUUUUUUGGCGCUAACUUGGCUAUCCCGGCGGUAUCGCGAGUUUCUCGUCCACGGGGGAGGAUCGGAUUUGAGGGCGGCCGGAGGAAAUGUAUGGCUACGGCCUCGCUUGAAAAGAAUGCGGGAACUGGCGGCGGGAGUAAUGGGAAGAAGGUUAGUGUGCCUAACUCCAACUACGUUGUACCGCUCGACAUGGCGGCGGCGGGUUUAACUCGUCCCCUCAACGAGAUCCUGCGAGACCUGAACAAGAGGGUACCGGACAAGAUCAUCAAUCCUGUGGACAACUCCAUUCCCUGGUAUCAUGCGAACAGAAUGCUGAGCUUCUACGCCCCAGGCUGGUGUGGAGAGGUGCGUGAUGUUAUCUUCUCAGGGAAUGGAAGCGUGACAGUGGUGUAUCGCGUUACUAUACGAGGAUCAGAUGGAGAGGCACACCGCGAAUCUACUGGAACGGCAUCUUCGAGUGAUAGCCGAUAUGAAGACCCUGUGACUGCUGCAGAAGAAAUUGCGUUUGGUAGAGCUUGUGCUCGAUUUGGCUUUGGCUUAUAUCUGUAUCAUGAAGAUGAAGCUGUUUAACCCAAAUGAAAGCCAUGAAUCAUCUGCGACUGAUCAUUUUUUGUUCCAAAAGUUAAGAAACUGUUACUUAUUACAUUCAUCUCUCAGAAUUGCCUAACAUAGAUUUCCAUAUUGCCGGCUUAUGUGCUGUAAUAAAUUAAAUUGUUUUUGUU